CACGCUUCUUCCACUCUCUCCUUUUACUUUUCUGUCUCUUCCAACAACAACAUUAUGCCUCUAACUCCCAAUCAUUAUGCCUUACGCCUAACAGAUCCAUCAACCAUUUUUUUCUCCAUUCUUCCUCUUCUCAUAUAACCUCCUCCUUCGAUUCAACCACUCACAGCCAAAGCAAGUUUCACCAUAACUUUUUCAACGGCUUUGUUAUUUUCAAUAACGUUUCAUUUUUUAUUUUUUUUUCGGUUUUCUAGAUGGAUCGGCGGAAAAUGUACGAUAGGCAGAACAGCUCUUCGGGGACGCCGACCACGCCGUCCUCGCCGGUGAAUAUGGUGUCGCCGCUGCACCGCCACUCGCGUGCAGGCUCCACCGGCUCCGCCAUGGCCAACGUCCGGAGAGCGCAGAACAACGCCACCAAAGCCGCCGCGCAGAGGCUCGCACAGGUCAUGUCGCAAACCGAGGACGAGGAUGACGACGACGACGACGUUCCUCUCGACUAUUCCUCCAUCACCGGCUCCGGAGGCAUUGGCCUCGGCGGUGGAAGACCAAGGCCAUCUCGCUCUCCUGUGGCAGUUCGGAGCGUUCCGGAUCCAGCGGUAUCUGCGAGGUCGCGGUCACCGAUGCCAGUUCGCGCUGCUCAAGAUCAACCUCCAUCUGCGAGAUCACGUUCCCCCGCGUCAGUUCGCUCCGUGCAAGAACAAUCACCAUCUGCUAGAUCGCGUUCCCCAGCGCCAGCGUCAAUUCGCACCGCUCAAGAACAGCCCCAAUCUGUGAGAGGCAUAUCGAGUGUUCGAUCAUCUGCCUCUUCAAAUGCUGUCGAGCAACCACCACCUCGAACACCCACGAUUGGGAACCAAGCGGAACAACAACCACCUUCUGCUCGUUCAACACCAGCAACCCGAACACUGGACUCGUCUCCCUCCGCUCGCACUAUGAUAUCGACUCGGACGCCUCAACCCAGCAGUGCGAACAGUGAUCAACCUCCCUCUGCUCGCUCAACCUCGGGCCGUCCCUCUGGGCUUUCUAAGGUGGUUCCCAUGGUGCCGCCUAGUGUACCUAUCACACUCAGACCAGCCUCCUCUGGUGGUAUUCCUCCCACUGAGCCUCUACUUGAUAUUAGAAAAGACAGAAGGUUGUCACUUGAUCUGAGUAGUAUGAAGGUAAGGGAAAAUGCCAAUCAGCAGCAGCGUCCAACUAGUGAGCUUGAGGAUGAGCUUGAUAUGUUACAAGAAGAGAACGACAAUUUGGUUGAAAAGCUUCGACUUGCAGAAGACAAGUGUGAGGAAACUGAAUCAAGAGUUAGGCAACUAGAACAACAGGUUGCUGCUCUCGGAGAAGGUGUAACUUUGGAAGCUCGUCUUUUAACCAGAAAAGAGGCAGCACUGCAGCAAAGAGAGGCUGCUUUAAGAAAUGCAUCAAAGAAUCAUGGAGGCUUUCAAGCAACGCUUCAGGCGGAUGCUGAGACUGCAAGGGAGGAGACGGCUUCUGCUUUGGAAAAGCUACAGCUUAUGACUCAACGAAUGAUACUUACCCCGGAAGAAAUGGAAGAGGUUGUUUUAAAGAGGUGUUGGCUAGCUCGGUACUGGGGUUUAUGCUUUCAACAUGGUAUUCAUGCUGAUAUUGCUGAAGCAAAAUAUAAAUACUGGUCUAUGUUCGCCCCGAAUCCAGAUGAAGUUGUAUUAGCCGCAGGAGAGAAAGCUAAAGAGGAAACAGACCUGGAUUUAGAGGAUACAGAAUAUCAACGCGAUCUGAAGGAACUUUCUGGAGAGGGAAAUAUUGAGAACAUGCUUUUUGUCGAGCAAGGUUUGCGGCAAUUGGCUUCACUAAAGGUAGAAGAAGCAUUGGCAGUUGCAUUGGCUCAACAUAGGCGACCAAAUUUAUUGAAAGCAGGUUUUUCAGGUGCCAAGUUAAAUAAUAUAUCAACUAAUUUUAUAGGUUUUUAA